UCUUACACUCAAAAUGAUAGAGAGAAAUUUGGUAAUGUCAUACCAUCAAGUGUUACAUCAAUUGGUGAUUGGUGUUUCGGUGAAUGCAGUGGUUUGAGCGGUGUUACAAUACCAUCGAGUGUGAGAUAUAUUGGAAUUGAAUGUUUCCCAUCAGAUACAAUAGUUCAUCGAAAUUAA